GCCAAAACAACAUUUAAACCCCCCAUCUGCUUUCUACCAAUCUAACUCGUAUGUGCCCUCAUCGACAUACGUGAGAUAGUAUUGAGGCGUCUCCUAAUUGCGAGCCGUACAAUCGACAAAUUAGGAUCCGAGUAGACACUUGUCUACGUUUUUCGACUUUCUUAUCGGGUCCUAUUGGUUCUAUUUCAUCAACUUGUUAUUUACCGACGGACGAACAUUUCUGUCGUCCGGCUUCACCUUGAAAAUUCCAACUUCCGAGGAUCCACUGCGAAUAACCUGCCCGCGCGGACCGGAGCGCAUUGCUCCUCGGUAACACGGACGUAAACAAUCAAUUCGUCAGCGCCAAUACCACUCGCAAUCUCCCAGAGGAGACCGCAAACCUACCUACCCACUAGUACCGCCUAAAUCAAUCCGGCAUCCCCUCGAGUCUCUCCUCGUCUGCUCUCGUAGCCCAAUUCGCGCACGAUGCUGGCUGCCAGGGACCAGGAGAACUUGGCCUUCAGCCGCCAAAACACUGCUGCGCUGAAGCAGCAGCAGGGUCAGGUUAAGCGCCAACUACAGCCCAACACGCCAGGUGCUAGAUAUGCGAACACCCCGAUCAAAGUCCCUCUCAAUGACGAGAAUGGCACCCACGCAGCAGGGCCCGCUAAGAGCGUGCUUGGUGCUAAAUCACGAGGCAAUGAGAAUACUCUUACAUCCCAAGGAGCGAAGACAGUGAAGAAGGCGAACCUCGCUACGCCCAUGGCAGAGCCGCACAGCCGGGCGCCUCUAGGUAACAAAACGACCAACGCGAAAACCAAUGGUCGACAGGCCGUCAACGUCAAGAGUGCCGUUCGCGACGUUGAAAAGUCCCAAGCCAAGGCACCGACAACUAUUCGAUCGAGGCAGAAGCAGCCGCAGGCUGAGCUACAAAAGCUGCAAAUUCAUGCCGAAGGUGCGGAUCCCCUCAGCGAAGAGGAAGUCGAGUAUUGCCCUCCCAGGCCCAAAGAUCUCCCCUACGAGUCCGAUGUCUUCCCCGAUGGCGCCCUCACCUUUGACGCGUUGAAACCGGAGAAUCUGUUCAGGGGUUACUACGACUAUUAUUAUAACCCUGUCGAUGAGCAUGGUGUCCCCCUGGCAGAUAAGCAGUUGGAGGAGAGGAACAAGAAGGCCAUGGAGGAAUGCGAUAGACUCAUAAAGGAAGACAUGGAUAAAUUCGAGUGGAGUAUCCAGGAUGAAUUAGAAUCCGGCAAGAACCCAGUCCUGGUCGCAUCUAAGGGUGCACCGGAUGCGAGUCUCGGCGCAAAGAAAGUCGUCGCAACGAAGGGUCCUUCCACCGUCCAGUCGAGGAAGGCUGCCGGCGCCCUCGCCAUGGACGAUACGACCAAGUCAUUGCAGCGGAAGGUAGCCAGAUCUAUGGAAGCCAGCAAGGUCCCCGUCAGGAAAGCGGGAGCUUUUGCCAUUCCUAGUUUCAAGCGGCAGCCGAACCCGCCGGUCCCGUCUAUUCCGAGGAAGACGUCGCUGGAGAUCGAAACCAAUUCGAGGACCACCAUUGGUUAUAGCAAAGGUCGAUCUACGGCCUCGAUUCUCGCCCAGGGGACUGCGAGUAUGGAUAAGCCUGCGCCGAAAGCCGGGAUUCCUCGCCACGAUACAACACUGUCCCGUCAAUGGGACAAGAUCAUCACGCCGGCACGAUUCGCCCAAACGCAAAUCUCGGCCGCCGAAGAUCAGGAGUGGAAAGAGAGGGUUCCGUUCCUGUCCAUCUUCAACCCCGGAGUCGGUGAUGACGGUGAUGACGAUGACGACUUUGAGCUCGUCCCGGGCGGUAUGCCGUCUGCGGAGGAGGACGAAGAGUUCGUCAUGAAGCUCGCCGAUUGAGCGGUUUCCUGCCGUUCAAGUGGCACUCGGUGCGAGGGGCGGAGUUGGCGAUGGCGAUUAAUUGGACAAGGGUGCCGUAGUUCGGCGCAGGUGCUCAGUUACGCCACGGAGCAUGCGCGCGCGCACUCUUUGCCAGGAAGUCCGGUCGCAUGUAUCGAUAGUCUACGAAGCUGGUUUCGGCGUUCACCGACGGGGGAUUGGUAUUUGGUUGCUCUCAAUUCCGUAGAUACCAUCGCCUACAAGGUGUUUCCUUUAGCACGUAGGGAGCCCCUAUGGUGCAGUCCUUGAAUGCCCUAGGACUGGCUGCGGACCAGGAGUUAUCUCUUAUGCAAGCAACAUAUAUUCCACACCUUUCACUCCUGAACCAAGUUAUACAGUAGGGUAUGCUGCACACGAUUACUGCUUGGAGGCCUUAGGGACAAGGCCGGUCGCUGAUUACUGACGCCAUGCCGUCAAACUGCUACGUAGCUUUGUUGUCGCCGCAGCACCUCGACAACGAGGCGGUUUCGUCUAUGUAUAGGUCGAGGCCCAAACGGACCCGACGUGAUUAGGCAGAUUUCUCGGUAUGCUCCCCAGGAUAGAUAUAAUAAUACCC